GGUCCAGAGGGUUAGAGAACAAUAUGGAAGUUUCUACAAGUUCUCACUCUUCCACCAACUUCUGAUAAAAAGGAACGAAAACACCAGAAAAGUGGCGAAAUAUCUAAUUCUCUCUACCGUUCUAUUUAAACCACCUUCAGUGUGAUUCUUCACCAUCAGCAGCAAAGCAAACAACAAACAAAUUUCAUUUCACGAUCCACAUUGUUGCACUCUUUUCACAAGCUUUCAAGAAUCAAGAACACCAUGUCACUGAUUCCAAGCUUUUUCGGUGGUCGCAAGAGCAACAUCUUCGACCCCUUUUCAUUAGACGUUUGGGAUCCAUUCGAUGGAUUUUCAUUCUCAAAUUCGUUGGCUAAUGUUCCUUCCUCUGCUCGUGAAACCUCUGCUUUUGCCAACACUCGCAUCGACUGGAAGGAAACCCCACAUGCCCACAUCUUCACUGCCGAUCUCCCUGGAAUCAACAAACGGGAAGUCAAAGUUGAGGUUGAAGAAGGCAGAGUUUUGCAGAUCAGUGGAGAGAGAAGCAAAGAACAGGAAGAGAAGAACGAUAAAUGGCAUAGAAUUGAACGAAGCAGUGGGAAGUUCAUGAGGAGAUUUAGGCUGCCUGAAAAUGCUAAAGUUGAAGAGGUGAAAGCCAGUAUGGAGAAUGGACUUCUCACUGUGACAGUACCAAAAGUGGAACAGAAGAAGCCUGACAUCAAAUCCAUUGAAAUCUCUGGUUAAAGUUUUCUGUUAACCUCUGUUCUUCUCUGUGUCUGUCUGCACUGUAAUAAUGUUCUGUGAAUUAAAUCUGUAUGGUUUUGAGUUUUUGUGAAUGUGUCUGCAAACCCCACUUGGGUUGGGUUUCUCCUUUAUUCUACCAAUGUAAUAAAAGCAACUUACCUCCCUUGCUAAUUAUGUU